AAACUGAACUCUAAAUAAUUUUUUGUAUUGAAAUUAAAAUAAAAGUGAAAGAUCGUAAUCAAAGUCCGACUGAAGUCCUCCGAUAAACUUUGAAGUCUCGUGUUUAUCUAGGAAUUUCUUAACUCUUAAUCAUUAAUAACUUGAAAAUGUAAAAUUAAUGAGAGGUGGUACUGACGUUUACUUGGCAAUAACGCGUCAAUUAGGACUGCUUCCCGAAAUGUGCUGACAGUAUUGAACAUUCGUCGUAACAUGAAAUACUGUACUUUAGUACUGUCAGCACAUUUCGAAGUAAAGUUCUACACGCUAUUGUUUCAUCGAGGAAUUUGUGGCUCUCGAUAUCGUGUAAUCUGAAAUAAAAAAAAAGCCAAGCCCACUUCAAGUCCGACAAGAUUCCGUUUCCGCAACCUCGAAGCCUCGUUUCUGUCGAAACUUUUCGAGUCUCGUUUCUGCCUUCCUCAGUCUGUGCAGUCGCCAUUUUUACAUGCAUGUCGUUGUAACUGGGUGCGAGAUAUAGUGCUCGUCCCAUAAUUACGAGAUAAGACUAUCGUCGACGAAGACGCGGCGAGAUCGCCGUUGUAUGCGUGGAAGACAAUUGAUGUACUCGCGACGUCGCGGUGUAGUACUUGUAUACGGUGGCUAUCUCACAAAGUGCGACAGUCCCUCCUAUUAGAUCAGUGCGCACUGUACCGGCGUUAGUGAUAAUAAAUGUCGUUGCUGGCCGGCCUGUUCGGCUAGUUCGUGCGUACGGAGCGAGGCAUCAGCACAGUCGUGGUCACACCGUGCAGCGCAACGUGAACGUAGCGUAGCUUCCUCCCCCUGAAGAGGCGGAAGGCUCGUGAAGUCGAGCUCGAGUCCGUGAGAAAGGCACCACGCGAUCGCGAAUUACCGAACUCUUGGCUGUAAACCGUCGCAGAUCGAGAUAUCAUUAUUAGUAUUAUCAUUAGUUGUUAGCUUUAUAUUGAGUGUUUUUAUACAUAUUAAUUUUAUACUGCCGUCGCGCGGGAUUUUAUACACGCGCUGCAACCGAAGUCACUCGUGUCUUCCCUCUACAACGAAGAGCGCUAUGAGCAAGUCUUAGGGGAGAAAUUCGUCGCGAGUUCGACAGUGCGUCAGCGAGAAAAGUCGACGGGAAACCCGUGAGCAUUUCGCCGAUCAUGGAACCCGUCUUGAAGAUCACAGACAAUGUUGCGGCUUCCCAGGAAGUUCCUUAUAAAAAUGGUGUUUCGAAGAGGACUCAUCUCGAAAGGAAAGAGGCCAACGGAAGCGUGUCUACAAAUGGCUCAUGUGAGAUGACUACCAAUGGAUUGCUAAAAAGCAUGCAGGAAAUGAGGGAAGACGUUUUGGAGAAAGUAAACGAUCGCAUUAACGACAUGAUGUCGGAAGUACGACAGAAAAUAGAAACGGAGAACGAAGUCCUGAAUAAGGAAAACAAAUAUGACGACAAAAGACAAUCUAAUGAGGAGGGUAUGCUGGCAGACAAAGUGUUUCUGCCGAGGAAUUCGAUGCUCACCGAUCUGUUGAAGAUACCGCAUAUCCAAACAGUUUACAACAUAUCCAUAAUGACUUUCAUACUCCUGUUUCUCAAUACCGUCGCGUACGAUCUCAUGGACAAAGGAACGCUUUCCAUCGGAACUAACACGGUGCAAGCGGCCUUCGCGAAGUUCCCGAAGUGUUUAUACAUCUGGUCGUUCAUGAAGAUCUCGACGGUCACUGUCUACGUGCCAUUCAAUAUCUGGGCGUAUCAGCGGCUCGAGUUCUCGCCGAAAUGUAAUUUCAGUUUAUUUAAUUUACUGUCGAAUACGCCAAAAACGCCGGUUAAAGUUUCCUAAGUGGAGCUGCAAAAGGAUAAAUCGAUCAGAUGACAGUUAUGUUUACCAUGUGUUUAACAUUUUAACAAAGUGUUGGAAUAUUUAUAU